UUUCUGGCAAAUAAUCGCGUUUAAAAUGGGAAAUUCACUUUCAAUUGACUUUUUUCUCGACAAUCACGACAUAAUAAUUCCUCUCAUUAUCUCUAUUCCUCUGAUUUUCUACUCCUGGAAGAAUUUCGUCGACAGCAACAAGGACAUCAAUGAAAUUAAAGAUAUUGUGACAAAUCCGGGACCAAUUACCGAAACAUCCUACAAAAUCUGCGAAAAAUUCUUUUCCAAAAACCCCGGAUUUCUCAACAUUCCCAUCAUUCCACAUUUCGGUGCCAUUUUCACACCCUUCCAGAAGGCUUGCUUCAACAUGUCCACUCCCCUAGUACGCCUUAUGAUUGAGAAGGGUGCAAUGGUUAAUACAUCAUCCAAGGACAACCAUGCACCCUUUCUCAUUUGCAUUUCGGCCAUUGUUGUAAGAGGAAUCAGAGAUUUCUCGUGCCUAGAGGUCCUCACUGAAGCCGGAUGUGAUAUCAAUGUUAUCUACGAAAAGACGCACAUGUCAGCCCUUCAUACAAGUCUCAUAUACAAACGGUAUGACCUUUUCAAUUUCCUUCUUGGCAAGGGAAUUGAUGCAACACUGAAGGAUAUUGAUGGUCUUACCGCUCAUGAGUACGCUACAGGUGGUUUGCCACGUGAGGAAUUUUAAGAGAAGCAGCCAUGUUUUUCAAAACAAUAUUGUAAGAAUUAAAUAACAAAAUAAAUUGAAA